AUGCAUUUUCCGGCACGGAGUUGUGCCCCUAUCCUGUCGGCGGCGACGGGGAGGAUAUCACAACGUGGUGCUCCGUACGCCUCGUUAGGGAAGAUUGGCUCGGCUGGGAUGAAUGGAUGGGUUGGUAACGGCUCUUCCGUUUUCUCUAGACAUAUCCGUUCAUUCUUAGGGAGUUGUCUCACCAGGGAUAUUGGUCUCAGAGCUUCUGGUGCAUCACCGGUAACGAAGCUGAGAUGUGCUGGGCCGGCUGCAGUUCCAGGAGAUUAUCUUGCCUGGAUUCAGAUCAGGAAAUUCCGCACUGAAACUCAUAGACAAGCCUCAGGCGAUAAGCAGACGACUGAAGAGCUUUGGGAGAAAUUCCAAGUUAAGGAGGGCAAUCAACAAGCUCGGCCUCAGCGGACAGUUCUUAGGGAGGAUGGCGGAAAGGGAAAGUCACCGAUGGAAGGAGAAACGUGGCCUGAAAGGUUGACCAAAGGCAAAAUAUUGACGACCCCUUCGCGGCUUUUCAAAUUGAUCAUUCCUUUAACAACCGUCGGUAAUGACGGCCAUGAUAAAGAAGUCGAGCCCAUAGCUAUCCUAAUCCACCCUCAACAACCACUAUCAUACCUAGAAAGCUUGAUCCAGUCAGAGCUACCCCCAAUCAAAGGCAACACCGACAAGCUCCGCCCACCAGCCGUAUCCUUCAUCGCAAUCCAGCAUGACGACAACGCUAUCAAGCCCAAAAAGCGGAUCGAGAACGAGAUCGACCUAGACGCAAACCAAAAAAAAGAAAUAGGCUUCAUCCCCGGCAACGAUGGCCUUGGCGGUAGCAAACCCCUGAACGGCCGGUCCCGGGAAGAAGACGUCGAGACCUACAGCUAUCCACGCAGAACGAACGGUAAACCCGAGCACUUCGUGCGCUGGUCACAGGCCACGGAGAUUGGCGACUUUAUCCGGGACGCUGCGCACGCGGGCGAGUUCAUAGUGACGAUCGAAGGCGCACCGUCCGGCCUAAGUCAGAUUCGCGUCACGGUGCCGUCGUUCAACGAGCGCACAUAUUAUCUGCGCAUGCGGCUGCGCAAGCUCUCACGGCGCAUUCAAACCAUGGCGGAUGUGAAAGAGAAGUGUGAUGCGCUGGCGCAUCGGGGUGCGCAGCGGGUUGCGAUGAGCGGAUUUGGAAUUCUUGCCGUUUGGUGGUUUACGGUCUACAGAUUAACAUUCGAGACUGACCUUGGGUGGGAUACCAUGGAGCCUGUGACUUACUUGGUCAGUUUGUCGACGUUGAUGGGGGGUUAUUUGUGGUUUUUGUAUCACAAUCGGGAGAUUUCUUACAAGUCUGCGCUGGAAUUUACCAUCAGUGCGAGGCAAAAGAAGCUUUAUCUGUUGCAUCAUGUUGAUUUGCAGCUUUGGGAGUCCUUGGUUGAUGAGGGGAACUCGCUCCGCGGGGAGAUUAAGAAUAUCGCGGCUGAGUAUGAUGCUGAGUGGGAUGAGCGGGCUGAUGAGCAUGAUCAACGUGUAACGGAAGUCUUGAAGUCAGACCGUCGGCAGAAAAAUGAGAAGAAGAAAAGCGAGGACGAUAAGAAGAGUGAGGACGACGAUUGA